AUGGAUAGACACGAAAUGAUACAAGCAAGUAGAAAAUUAAUUAUUGUUGGUGAUCCUAUGUGUGGUAAAAGAACAUUAUUACUUUCAUUUGUAACAAAUCAAUUUGUUACUGAUGAUUAUACUCAACAUAUUCUUGACACACCUGUUAUUCCGAUACAAGUUAACCGAAGAACUAUUCAUAUGGCUCUUUUUGAUAUAACUGCUGCAGAAGAUCAUGAUCGUCUUCGUUCACUAUUUUAUCCUAGAACAAAUAUUGUUCUUAUAUGUUUUAGUAUUGAUAAUCCAACAUCAGUUAUGAAUGUUAUGAAAAAAUGGACACCAGAAAUUCGACUUCAUUGCCAUCAAUGUCCGAUAAUAUUAGUUGCAUGUAAAACAGAUCUGAGAAAAGAUUCAAAAAGACUUGCUGAACUUGAAAAACAAGGUGAAACAUUAGUAACAAGUGAAAUGGGUAGACGACUAGCAGUAAAAAUCAAAGCUGAUGCUUACAUGGAAUGUUCAGCUAAGACUCGUGAAGGUGUACAAGAUUUAUUUAUUCGAGCUGCUCGUUUAUCAGUUAAAAAACAUUCUCAUCAUACUGUAAAAUGUCAAUGUAUUUUACAAUAA